UCCUGGCCAGAGGCCUGGACGGCCUACAUGAAGAAGUACGGCGCGCACAUGGUGUGCCGCGGCAAUAUCGCCAAGAUCGUGACGGAGGCGUACCCGCGCGCCAUGACCUCCACCAACCUGCGCACUUCGUUCCGCACCAUGGGCAUCCUACCUUUCUCGCCGCCGGUCACACCGAGGCCCUACACGCGGCCAGUCAUGAUCAAGCCGUCCGAUCCGGAGAAGACGUACAACCGCUACCGCGAGACACUGAUGCCGCAGUGCCAGGGCUGCGCACUCCACUGCCCGCGCCCCAUGAAGCUCGAGCCGCUGGCGUUUGCUUCCACGUCGCAGCAGCAGCGACGCGCGCCCGCCCAGCCGCGCCAGCCGCGUCAGCCCAAGCCAGCCAAGAAGAAGGGGCCGCGCGGCCGCCAGAGUCAGGCAGCGGCUGUGGCGGCCGCUGCUGCAGCCGCCGCCGCCGCAGCCGCCGCGGCAGCCAACACCGCCGGCAUGGGAGGCACGGUGUGCGAGAUCUGCCUGCAGUCGUGGGAUGAGUCGGGACCGGGCCAGACGUGGAUCGGCUGCGACAAGUGCGACCGGUGGCAUCACCUGAUGUGCAUCCCGCCUAACAAGCGGCCGCGCAACUUCGAGGAUGACACCUUCCUCUGCCGCCACUGCGACGACGAGGACGACGGCGAGAUGAUGUGAACGGGCGGCCCGCUUCGGCGGCGCCCGCCCCCGUCGUCUGCCCGCUCCGGCGGCCCAGCGUAGCUUCAGCGUCGAGCACAUGCACAUACCCAUCGAUCGAUCAUUGCGCGUUGCUGCCCGCCAUGAGGCUAGUCUCGCCAUUCCAUUGACUGUAGUGCGUAGAGUAGGCCGUUGCCAUUCGUAAUUUGCCUAGCCGCGAGGCGUGUGUAGCUGGAGUGGAGCUGCUUUGGCGCGUGGCGUUGGCGCCUGCGCGGCCGCUGGGUUUUGUGUUGCGGCACGCUCGCCGGCGCCUAGCCCCGCCCUGCCGGCAACGAGUCGCCGUCUGUGACACCGGCGUCCGUCUGUCGUGCCGUGGGCAUGGGCGGUGUGAUUUGUUCAGCCUGGUUUGUUUCUGCAGGUGCUGAAAAUGCAUUGGUCAAUAAACGUGCUAGAUCAGUUGC